AUGUGGCUAAUAGUUUUUAACUUUUUGUGCUCAAUCUUCACCUUUAUUAUUCCCGUCUUGUCAUUCUUACAAGUUCAAUAUCUUCAAACGCCAGAUAGUGAUAAUAGCACAUUUGGAGGGAGGCCAGGAUUCAAUAGAAAUUUUAAUACUCAAUAUACACCACAUUCAGUUGUGGACACAUCUACUACAGCCUACUUUUGCAGUGAAUAUGAAAGGCAAUUAAUUCAAGUUAAUCCAUGGGAUAGGUUGAGAACGGUUCCGGGCCCAGAUGAUAGAACUCUAGCAGAUGUCCUUCAAUCUGGUAAAUUACUAGGGGCUUCUCCACCUCUAUCUGCUACCGAAAAGGGUAUUCCAUUCAAUAUACCCGUGCAGGCCCAGGUUGGCAGAUUAUAUACUAUUUACUGGAUGUGGAACACGACAACUGAAGUUGAAGGAGGCUUUUUGGUUUAUACUUCCUGCUUUGACAUUGAAAUUAUCGAAACAUCUGGCGACAGCCCCACUACAAAGGGUGCUACGUCCGAUGUAUUAUCAUCUACCGCACUCGUUUCAACGUCUACUCCGUCCAAUUUGACGAACGAUUUCCCGACUACAAAGAGGACUAAAUCCAGUUUACUGUCACGUACCAGAGUCGUUUCGACAUCUGUUUCCUCUUAUUUGACUAGUUAUAUAAUGCUAAACUCCUCUGCUGUUCGACGGCCGACUUUCUCAGGAUCUAGCCAGUUAUCUGGGGAGACGGUAUGUCCAAGUAUCUCAGGGCUAAAUAUCAACAUGACGAGCUCGCCCAGCCUCAGAUCCCCAAGUAUAGCCAUGACGUCAAAGGCUGAUAUGAAUAGCUCAUGCAGCUUAUUACAAACUACUACUCAUUCAAAAACAGGCAUGAUUACACAGAGUAUUCUGGGCGGUUCAGAAUCAACAAACAGGCCAUUUAUUACGCCUCCCUGGCAAAGAAAUAGUACACUUCCGAUAUCUAUAACAGGCAUGAACCUACCAACCAGUCUCUGUUCAACCCCACGUAUUGGUUCUACCCAGACAGUGAGAGUAAAUACAGGCAAUAUGACUGAGUUCGAUCCUCCGUCGCUCGAUUUGUCUAUUGGCGAUGCAGUGAUGUUCUACCCAAUAAAUGGGAGUUUUAACUUAUACAACACCACCCUUGAUGAGUCAUGUGUAGGUGUUACCAGACUUGGUGACGAUAUAGAUGGCAGUGUUUUAUACAAUGUCACCUCUUCUAAGCCAGCUUGGUUUCUUGGGCUCCAACACGACGACGGUUGGUAUUAUUGCUUUCCUGGAUCUCAUUUCGCCCUCAAUCCAGGGAACGAGAGUGAGCAGUUCUCUAGUACGAUUCGAACGACAUCUUAUAUGUCUAUCGCACGGCCGGAUCGCCAUUUGUCCACUACAACAGUCGUUGUUACGGAUACAUUCUCCGGCACAACUCUAACAACAUCUUAUUUGACAAUCGCGGAGCCGUAUGCCCGGACGUCCACUACGACACUGGUGGUCACCGAGUAUUGA